ACAAAAUUAUCUCGUCCAAGAAAACGUCGUCGAACACUAAUCUGGUCACAACAAGCUGUCAUUUCACUUCGUGAUGGCCUUUUAACAUUACAAUGCCGAUUAGGUGAUAUGCGUUAUAGAUCAACAUUAGUUGAAGCUCAUAUAAGAAUGUAUUAUGUUUCAAAACGUCAAACAAAAGAAAAUGAAAUAAUUCCACUUCAAUUAACUGACAUGGAUGUAGGUUUUGAUGCUGGAAAAGAUAGAUUAUUUCUUAAUUGGCCACUUAUCAUUGAACAUAAAAUUGAUACACGAAGUCCAUUAUAUACCAUGGAUAAAACGACAAUUUAUACGGAAAAAUUUGAAAUUUUACUUGUUCUUGAAGGAAUUAUUGAACCAACUGGAAUGGUUACACAAGCUAGAACUUCUUAUCUACCUGAAGAAAUAAUCUGGGGAGCAAGAUUUGAAAGAAUGAUUCAUUUUGAUAAUCUUUAUUAUACUGUUGAUUAUUCGAAAUUUAAUUCAAUUAUUAAAGAUAAUUGUACAACUGAUUGUUCAGCUAAACAAAUUCAAGAACAAAUCGAUAGUAACUGA